AUGCUGCUGAUACCGUCCCAGCUAGCCCUCUGGGGUUUAGCUCUUAUCGGCGUGUGGGCACUCGCCCUUUGGUUGGCUGAUAAUCUCAAAUCACUGGCACAAAUUUGUGUCGCCCUUUUAGCACCGUACUUUGCCCCGGCGGAACACAAAACCCUCUCGGAACGGUACGGCAAAUGGGCCGUCAUUACCGGCUCAACCGAUGGCAUCGGCAAGCAGUACGCUUUCCAGCUGGCCAGCCGUGGCCUCAACGUGGUCUUAGUCUCACGCUCCACCGACAAACUGAUCGCUGUGGCGCACGAAAUCGAGUCCAAGUACUCGGUGAAGACUAAGUGGAUUGCGGCCGAUUUUAGCUAUGGGCGCGAAAUUUAUGACCACCUGCGGAAGGAGCUCGACACCGUACCGGUCGGUAUUUUAGUAAACAACGUGGGCGCGAACGUUGACUACCCGGACGAUCUUGAUCACAUCCCCGAGGACAAGCUGUGGCAGCUGAUCAACAUCAACGUCGGUGCGGUGACGAUGCUGACCCGUGCGGUGCUGCCGGGCAUGAAAAAACGCGGCCAGGGUGCGAUCGUUAACAUCUCCUCCGGUAGCGAACUGCAACCGCUUCCCUACAUGACGGUUUACGCUGCGACGAAGGCUUACAUCCACAACUUUACCCUCGCGAUGCAGCAUGAGCUGGAACCGUUCGGUAUCACCUGCCAGCUGGUGAGCCCGAUGUUUGUAACGACCAAGAUGAACAACUUCUCUACAACGAUUAUGGAGGGUGGAUUGUUCAUACCAAACGCAGAAAUGUACGCCAAGUUUGCCACAUUUACCCUCGGUAAAACGAAACAAACUACCGGCUACUGGUCACACGGUUUUCAGUACGGUUUCAUGAAGCUCGCUCCAGAAUGGAUCCGCACCGUGAUCGGCGGCAUGAUGAACAAGCAGUUCCGGAAGGAAUACUUCGACCAACAUAAGUCCGGUAUGCCGGCGCAGGCCAGUUAAUGCUGGACCUCUCUACUCGUCCACUCGAGUCUGCAGUGCCGUAAAGGUGGCGCUUCGUCACCACGGGCCCACUCUGAUACAUUUGAAGUUUGUUGUGGCGGUAAUGUGUGCUAAAAUAAGUGGAGAUUUCGUUCGCUGGAGGCCGACGUUGGGUCAAGCGAGCAUUAGCCUUCUCCCCAGAGACUGAGGUACCUAGAGAUUA